AUGCCACUGCUUGAUCUACCAAAUGAGUUGCUCCGAGAUAUAUCAGAAUACCUAGAAUCUGAGAAAGAUAUCAACGCCGUUGCACAAGCCAACCGCCGCCUUUACGAUCUCCUAGAUAGCUAUCUCUACCGCUACAAUGUACAACAAUCUGGAAGCUCAGCGCUGUUGUGGGCUGCCCAACAUGGCCAAGAGGAGACGGCGCAAAAGUCGUUGAGGGAAAAAGCCAACAUAGAGGCCACAAAUGAUGAUGAAGAGGCACCGCUGUUGUUGGCGGCAAAAAAUGAGCAUAAGCAGGUAGUAAAGCUGCUGGUUGACAAGCGCGCCGACGUCAACGCGCAGGGUGGACUCUACGGCAACGCACUCCAGGCGGCUUCGUACAGAGGCCACGAGGCGGUGGUGAAGAUGCUGCUCGAUAAGGGCGCCGACGUCAACGCGCAGGGUGGAGAAUACGGCAACGCACUUCAGGCGGCUUCGUCUGAAGGCCACGAAGCGGUGGUCAAGAUGCUGCUCGACAAGGGCGCUGACGUCAACGCGCAGGGUGGACACUUUGGCAACACACUUCAGGCGGCUUCGUACAGAUGUCACGAAGCGGUGGUCAAGAUGCUGCUCGACAAGGGCGCCGACAUCAACGCGCAGAGUAGACACUACGGCAAUGCACUCCAGGCGGCUUCGUACAGAGGCCACGAGGCGGUGGUGAAAAUGCUGCUCGACAAGGGCGCCGACGUCAACGCGCAGGGGUGGAUACUUCGGCAACACACUCAGGCGGCUUCGUCUGAAGGCCACGAGGCGGUGGUCAAGAUGCUGCUCGACAAGGGCGCCGACGUCAACGUGCAGAGUGGAGUCCAUAGCAACACACUCCAGGCGGCUUCAUCUGGAGGCCACGAGGCGGUGGUGAGGCAGCUACUCGACAAGGGCGCCGACGUCAACGCGCAGGGUGGAUACUUCGGCAACGCACUCCAGGCGGCUUCGUACAGAGGCCACGAGGCGGUGGUGAAGAUGCUGCUCGACAAGGGCGCCGACGUCAACGCGCAGGGUGGAUACUUCGGCAACGCACUCCAGGCGGCUUCAUACAGAGGCCACGAGGCGGUGGUGAGGCAGCUACUCGACAAGGGCGCUGAGAUCAACGCGCAGAGUGGAGAAUACGGCAACGCACUCUACGCGGCUUCGUCUGGAGGCCACGAGGCGGUGGUGAAGAUGCUGCUCAACAAGGGCGCCGACGUCAACGCGCAGGAUGGAGACCUCAGCAACGCACUCCAGGCGGCUUCAGAUGGAGGCCACGAGGCGGUGGUGAAGCUGCUGGUGGCAUGGGGUGCCAAGUCAUCAUGA